ACAUGGAGCAGCAUACGGCAUGGCAUUUCUUCAUUUAAGUAACAAUAGGAAAAGCAUGAGUUUUGUGUGUUAGCAAAAAAGUGCAAUAUGGGAGAUGCUAUGCGUAUACUUGCAUUAUUUAAAGAAGUGAAUCCCUGCACCCACUUAAACAUUUAACGCCAGGGAAAUAUCAUCCAUAAAGUUCUUUUAUAUAUAGUUAAAAAACAUUGUACUAUCAUGUCAGAUUCUUUACCACAUAGUGAUGGUCACAAUGCGGAACGCCAAAGCGAACCACAAACUGUGGAAUCCAUAAAUGACCUCAUUUUGCAAGAGCUUGCAGUACAACUUCGCAACCUUCUUAGGCUCAAGAAUGAUAUUAUGGAUCAAAAAUACAAAUUACAAAGGAGUAAUAGUUUUUACACUACACUUUACGAACAAGCUACUCUUAAAAACCGUAUAAUAGAAGGAAUAAAAGAUCGCAACAGGGACCCCCAUAUUAUUAAACUUUCACGCCUGUUUUGGAUGUCUUAUUUUUAUGAAACUAAGUUAAUUGGAGAGUUGAAAUAUGAUUAUUAUACUUCCAAGCAUUAUUAUAUCACUUCACAGAGUUUUUCAAAUCAAUGUGAACAUCAGAAUAUUUUCAAUGGGCAUAUUAAGCGUGAGCUUGAAUUCCUUCUUCGCCGUUGGAAGAAAUCACAUAAUGGUAAUUUAAACGACGAACUUUAUACGGUUCAGCUACAAUAUUUUAUCAAUAUAUUGAACGAUCUUAAAACAAAUACCUUAUAUCAGUCUCAGUGUUAUAAGGAACUUUUACUUGAUUUUCAAAACAGUACUGCUGAACUUGAACUGUACUACCUUAAAAUAACCCUUAAGCUUGAAAAUCAGGUUAAUAAUCAGGCUGAAGCUAUUAAGAGUAUAGAAGUUGAGCUUGACAAUCUACAACAAAUAUACGAUCCGGUUCAGAAAUAUUGUGACAUUAUACUUAAACUUGAAGCCCUUUCACGAAGUCAGAGUGAAAAAAUUCGAGAGAUUAGUGUAGAAAGUGAAGCACAAUCGCGUAAACUAGUUUUAUACUACAUGUCUUGUCAAUUAAAACACAGGGCUUGGAAUCGUGAUCAAUGCAACCGCUACGUGUCCCUUGUAUCACGGAUUCGAACAAAAGUCGAUUCUUGAUUUCUCUACGGAGGUGACUUCGCACUCCAAGUUAUUUAAUUAAUACUAUUGUUUAUUAUGCUGU